AGCCCCACCAGGGCCAGGGUGGGGAGUAGGCGGCUGCUGCGGCGCUGGGCCCACCUGGGCCGAACGGAACGCCAGCGCUGCCCGCGCGGGGACCGGAGCUCGAGCCCGAGGCGCGGCCGCCGCCGCCAUGCGCUGGCUCCGCGCGCUGCUGAAGAAUGCGUCCCUGGCAGGGGCGCCCAAGUACAUCGAGCACUUCAGCAAGUUCUCCCCGUCCCCGCUCUCCAUGAAGCAGUUUCUGGACUUCGGGUCCAGCAAUGCCUGUGAGAAAACCUCAUUCACCUUCCUCAGGCAGGAGUUGCCUGUGCGCCUGGCCAACAUCAUGAAAGAGAUCAACCUGCUUCCCGACCGGGUGCUGAGCACACCCUCGGUGCAGCUGGUACAGAGCUGGUACGUCCAGAGUCUCCUGGACAUCAUGGAGUUCCUGGACAAGGACCCUGAGGACCAUCGGACCCUGAGCCAGUUCACCGACACCCUGGUCACCAUCCGGAACCGCCACAAUGACGUGGUGCCCACCAUGGCGCAGGGCGUGCUGGAGUACAAGGACGCCUACGGCGACGACCCCGUCUCCAACCAGAACAUCCAGUACUUCCUGGACCGCUUCUACCUCAGCCGCAUCUCCAUCCGCAUGCUCAUCAACCAGCACACCCUGAUCUUUGAGGGCAGCACCAACCCGGCGCACCCCAAACACAUCGGCAGCAUCGACCCCAACUGCAGCGUCUCCGAGGUGGUGAAAGAUGCCUACGACAUGGCCAAGCUCCUGUGUGACAAGUAUUACAUGGCCUCACCUGACCUGGAGAUCCAGGAGAUCAAUGCAUCCAACUCCAAACAGCCAAUUCACAUGGUCUAUGUCCCCUCCCACCUCUACCACAUGCUUUUUGAACUCUUCAAGAAUGCCAUGCGAGCGACUGUGGAAAGCCACGAAUGCAGCCUCACGCUCCCACCUCUCAAGGUCAUGGUGGCCUUGGGCGAGGAAGACCUUUCCAUCAAAAUGAGUGACCGAGGUGGAGGUGUUCCCUUGAGGAAGAUUGAGCGGCUCUUCAGCUACAUGUACUCCACGGCCCCCACGCCUCAGCCUGGCACCGGCGGAACCCCACUGGCUGGCUUCGGGUAUGGGCUCCCUAUUUCCCGCCUGUAUGCCAAGUACUUCCAGGGGGACCUGCAGCUCUUCUCCAUGGAGGGCUUUGGGACGGACGCUGUCAUCUAUCUCAAGGCCCUGUCCACGGACUCGGUGGAACGCCUGCCCGUCUACAACAAGUCAGCCUGGCGCCACUACCAGACCAUCCAGGAGGCCGGUGAUUGGUGUGUGCCCAGCACGGAGCCUAAGAACACGUCCACGUACCGGGUCAGCUAGAGGCCACCCCACUCGUCUGCACCCAAGAGGAUGGACUGUUGUCUUUGGAUCCGGCCACCAUGGUGACCCUCCCUGUCCCCACCCCAGGUUGGAGGAGGCUCUCCCUGAUGACCAGCUUCUUGUUUCUGUGGAAAUCACUGCGGUGACCGGUCUCUGGUGGCUCCUAAGUGCCAAUCUCCUAUGUGAUCUCCCUGGGUCCAGUCUCUGUGGGCAAUGCCUGAGAACUGGGGGAUGUCUCCACCCUGAUAGUGUGUCCCAGAGAUACGUUUCCACGGCAUUCUUCCUCUCUGAGCCCAGAGCUGCCACUUCUCUGCUGGGGGUCCUAGGUCCCCCUCACUGCCUUCCACAGCCCUGGCCUUCCAAGUGGACACCCCUGCUUGCCUUACUCCCUUGGCCCGUGCCAGUACCCUGGCCCUGGUCUGGUGUCAGUGUUAGGAAGGGGCCAGGUACCCGCCACAUCUGGCAUAGUGGGAGGGGAUCCCUGGUUGGGGACCUGGUCCUACAGUCUCUUCCUCCACUCUGAGUUUAAGGUCAAAGUCAGGAGGGAGGGGUUUCUCACCUGGGGCUCACCCCUAAAGCCGAGGAACCUGGGAGGGCCCAGAGCUUGGCCAUCCAACCAGCUGCUUGAAGGCUGCAGGUGGCCCCAGCAAUGUUUCUGUCACCUCCAGAGCCCUUCCCCUGCAUGUGCUCACCUGCAUACACCUGCCUGCCACACGCGGUCCCCCCCCUGAGCUCCAGACCCCAAUGCCCACUGUGCCCACAUGUGCUUGGGGUGGCUUUCUCCCUAGAAUGUUGUGUGUACAUAGCUAGUGUUAUAGCCCCGAAUGCACCCACCCUUUCCCUUAGCACACAGGGGGUUAAAGUUGUGUGCUCCUCCCAGUGGCUGUGAUGGUGACGGUGACAUCCACAGUAAAGAGGAGAUCGAAUGACCCUGCA